UAAAAUCACAUGUAUUCAGGGCAUCCGCUCUGGAUAUUUAACCGAGGCAGAGAUCAGACUGACAUCCAGACGGACGAGGACCAAGGAACGAGACUACUACACUACUUCACCUGAGUUGCAGAGUCCUGUGAGAGCCCUGAACCAUGCGUCCUGUUGUGGUUACUGCCCUCCUUCUUCUGGUGGUGCUGAUGUUCAUGUGGGACUCUGCAGCCGGGGAUCCUGCAGAAAUGUGUAAGACCAAAUAUCCGCCCACACCGUGUAAAAAGGCAGUCGGUGAAGGCUGGUUCCAGAUGGGUAACAACCGCUGUGUGAAGGCCUUCUACAAUAAUCAGCAUUUGACCCAUUCUGAUGCAGAGAUGACCUGUAGAAAGUACCCAAAUGGCCAUCUGGUAUCGAUCCACAGUGACGAUGAGCGGUCUCAAGUGGAAUGUGCCAUGUACAGAUCCACCACCGGAAAAGCUCACUACUGGAUCGGAUACUUCAGGUAUUCGAAUGGUCCAUUUAGUUACUGGGGUUGGACGGAUGACAGUCAGGUAGAUUACAGCAGCUGGGCUCCUCGCCAGCCGGACGCCUCCCUUUUUAACAGGGAGUACUGCGUUGAGAUGAACUAUUGGGACUGGGGACUCUGGAACGAUGCGUUCUGUAGUCAGGAGAAGCCCUACGUGUGUCAAGUGAGAGUCUAGUAGUUCAGAGAGAAGCUGAAGAGCAGCAGUUGGACCAGUCUGCUUCAACUGCAACCACUGCAAGCUUUAUAUUUACUGCAAUAAAUAUUCAGCAUCAAAAGUCA